AUGGAGCUUGUCGCGCGCACACCAUAUGGUCUACAGACGCUCGAGCUGACACACAUCACAUACGUCGAAGGCUUUCUCACAAGCGUCCUAGGUCUUGCACGCUGUCGUACAGAGUCAAUUCACUUUGACUCUGGCCGCGACGUCCUGUAUAUGCACAAGUCUUCAAACAUUAUCGCGCAACUCGAUUACAAUGGAGGACACUGGCUUAUUGAUGCAGAGCCAUCACAUCAACCACCUCUAUCGCUACUCUACACGCAACUGAGCACCUUUGGGGUGUCGUAUCGCCCGUCGUACAUGCCAAAGCCUACCAAUGUCAUUGAUCGACGUACUGCCCAUCAGAUUUGGGGUCACCCAGGUCGAAAGGCUGUCGACCAGCUUGAGCUUAACGUCACUGGCGUUCAAUUGACUGGAAACCACACGGAUUGUCUCUGUCAGACAUGUGUUGAAGCUCGAAUGACCCACAUUAUUUCAAGGCGCCCGGCUGAGAGCCGCGCGCAGCAACCAUUCUAUCGAAUCGCGAUAGACCUCAUCUACAUCGUCUCUGUGGGAGACGAGUGUAUUGAUGGCAGCAAGUACUGUCUACACUCAGUGGACGAAUACUCGAAAUGGCAUGAAAUUUCUACAACAAAGCGUAAGGAUAAGGCAACACUCACACGUUGGUUUAUGGCGUUAAUCCGCCGAAUACAGCGUGUAUACAGUGCUGACGUU